AUGGCUGUUGUGCCCCUCCUCCUCCAAGCCCGGCUUGUCUUUCGCAACGUCAGUGGGAGGAUGAACAAGUAUCUCAAGGUACCUACACCUACCCAGACACUAGGAACCGUCGAUGCACAAGACAGAUUCAACAGCCCAUCCGUGCAUCUCAAAGUUCCACUAACCGGAACUACCUUAGUCCAGACGGUCGGAAUGAGUCUACUCCUCGUCUGGCGAUUCUGCCGUUUGGAGUCCACGCAUUCGGCCAUGUCGACCUCUUCGUAUCCCGUCAACCUCGAGCCGAAGGACUUCCGCAUGUUUCACUACAUGUAUCUGUACGCAGUCAAGCAGUACCCAGGUCUGCAGGGAUGCAGAAGUGCUAAUUGCUACUCCCUCGACCCUGGUCUGUCAGCGCGUGUUCUCCUGUGGCCUACCUGCAAAGUAACGACAGACUUGGUGCCUAUCCGUGGACUGCUAGAACCGUUUUCUUUCGCGAUUGGUGUGGGGAAAACCAACGCAUAUGCCCACGGUGGAGAACCUGGUUGGAUGGAUGCUUGCUUGAAAGUUGAGGUGACUUUCUUCUCCUUCCACAAAAAAGUUGCGCCUCGGUUUUCACGGAAUAGGGGUCUUAAGACUGAGCAGACAAAACACCACUUGGUGCUUCUCUCCAGACUUCCUGAGACCCUCUCCAAGGUUGACGUCGUCCCUCGUGCUGCCACACCACGAGGGUACCAUGGGUAUCCGUACGGUGUACGGAGUAUCCAACGAGUUUUCGGAGCUGGAGCACCGGCGAUUGGUAGCGACGAUGGUCUCCGUGCUCCUGGCCGCCCCCAUCCACGAUUUGACCCGACUCCCAUGGCCACCAACAGCGUUGCUUUGCAUUCCCUUCUCGUCUCCACAACGGUAACCUGCGGCGCUCGCUCCUCCUCGCCGUUGUCCCUCUGCAGCUGCUACGCUGUGCCGCACAUGGUGGAGCGGCCAGCCGCUGUAAGGUAUGCCUCCGCGGCCCGCUUCAGAUCCAGGAUCGGGUGCAGAGUGGGCAAGUCCACGGUUCAGAGAGGAAUGCCCGUGCUUGGUUUGCCUGCCCCAACCUCAUCUCUCUCCUCUGCAUUGUUCGCAAGCAUAGGAAGUUGGGAACCAGUUCCAGAUUCAGCAGCUGAUAUCGAGAUCGAGAUUCCCACGAUGGAGAGGGCGAAUAUGCCCUUAGUCAAGCUUCUCUUUAUGCGGAUAAUGGCACUCAGGUGUCGUGAGCUGGAGACGUCGAUGAGCAAGUGCCAGGGGUCCAAGGUCAGGGGUCCGGUCGUCCCAUCCCGAUCCCAAAUCUCUUCCCCCUCUUACACGGUGCACCUUCCUAUCUUCCUCCGCCCAAACGAAAAAAGAAAGGAGCCACACACUUUCUUUGACUUCCCUCGACGUCUCUUGGAAAACUUGGGGGACUUGGGGACUUGGGGACUUCUCGAAAACAUUGAGCGUGAGGUGUGCCAGUCUGCCAGCCUGCAGGGAGUCAUGGAUGCCCACUCCCCUCCCAUUCUCAACGGUCCGCUCUCAAGGUUUCCACCCGUCAAGAACGACUGUCCGGGACGCCGUCCAAAGAUCGACGCACAAUGCCUUCUUCGUCCGUUUCAACAUCUCGCGUCGCUCGUCCUUUCAUUACAACCGUAUCGCCGGGAUGCCCUCCAGAGUUCGACCAUCCCAGAUCUCAGGCCUCCAAUCCAUGAGCCCAUGCAGCCCAUAUUGCUCAACGUCCCUUACUACCGCGCCCCCGCGUGUGGCUCUUUCCCCGGAAACGGAUCCUCAGGACACCGCCUGGUUGACAAUCAUCGAACAGUCCUCAUCAGAAACCAAGACAGCCCGAGCUUCUCACUGCUUAUGGCCCGUAUUACUCUGUAUCUUCUCACCCAGCACCGGCACGCCUCUGCCUCAAAACCAUUUGUCCUACAGCCUAACAUCCACAGCGGGACGAGUACGGAUGCUGGGAGCCUGCCGCCUGCCGAGAAGCCCAAGCCAUCGACGUCACUAGCAAUCGUUGACUCGCGAAAGCUACUUGCUCAGGGAAUGCCCAUUCUUGGUCUUAGCCUAGCGAUCGCUUGUCCAAGAAUACUUCUGGACAAACGAGGUCGAUGCCAGUCUCAAACUCGCUGUCUCUCCGAAGAUGUCGUCGAUGAGUCGAACUUCAUCGACCAUCCCACCUUUGCUCACCUCAAAACCCAACCGGCCACCCGGCAGUUUCCAAGAACUGUUCAGAACAGAGGCUGA